GCCCUCCUCGGGGCUCCCCCUGUCGCCACGACAACUGGCCUCGCCCCGCGGCGCCUCUGCCAUGGUUUUCUCAAAUAAUGAUGAAGCCCUUAUUAACAAAAAACUACCAAAAGAACUUCUUUUAAGAUAACUAGGCAGAAGAGGAAGACGAUAUCUGAGUAGUAUGGACAGUGGUGGUUUUGAAGAGGACACUGGUUUGGAGGGACUGUACUUUGAGAAUAUUUUCUUUUUUGGACAUAGUCACUUUGUGUCGAUGUGCACAAGUUUCCAAGGCAUGGAAUGUUUUAGCUCUGGAUGGAAGCAAUUGGCAAAGAAUAGACCUCUUUAACUUUCAAACGGAUAUAGAGAUUGAAUACUAGAAGUACUGUGCCAUUCCAUUUACUCCCAGUGUAAAUGUCCUUUCAGGAUGUAAAUAAGAAGCAUUUUGUAGCAAAUGGGGGCUCAGGGUCGUGUUGUGGAAAAUAUAUCGAAAAGAUGUGGUGGGUUCCUGAGACAACUGAGUCUGAGAGGAUGUCUUGUUGUUGGAGACUCCUCUUUGAAUUUUUUUAUUGCUGUUUUAGGACCUUUGCACAGAACUGCAGAAACAUCGAACACUUAAAUCUAAAUGGGUGCACAAAAAUCACUGACAGCACGUGUUACAGUCUUAGCAGAUUCUGUUCCAAGCUGAAACAUCUGGAUCUGACAUCUUGUGUAGCCAUCACAAACAGCUCUUUGAAAGGCUUAAGUGAGGGUUGCAGAAAUCUGGAACAUUUGAAUCUUUCCUGGUGUGAUCAGAUUACGAAGGAUGGUAUUGAAGCACUGGUGAAAGGGUGUAGUGGACUAAAAGCUCUAUUUCUUAGAGGUUGCACACAGUUAGAAGAUGAAGCAUUGAAACACAUUCAAAAUCACUGUCAUGAACUUGUAAUCCUGAAUUUGCAAUCCUGUACACAAAUUUCAGAUGAAGGCAUUGUAAAAAUCUGUAGAGGAUGUCACAGACUUCAGUCGCUCUGUGUUUCAGGCUGUAGCAAUCUUACAGAUGCUUCUCUCACAGCACUUGGUCUAAACUGCCCAAGGCUGAAGAUUUUGGAAGCUGCACGAUGUUCACAUCUUACAGAUGCUGGUUUUACCCUUUUAGCACGGAAUUGCCAUGAGCUGGAGAAGAUGGACUUGGAAGAGUGUGUUUUGAUAACUGACAGCACAUUGAUACAACUCUCUAUACACUGUCCUAAGCUACAAGCAUUGAGCUUAUCUCACUGUGAAUUGAUCACUGAUGAUGGGAUCCUUCAUCUGAGCAACAGUACGUGUGGUCACGAGAGGCUGCAGGUACUGGAGCUUGAUAACUGCCUUCUCAUCACUGACGUGACUCUGGAACACCUGGAGAACUGCCACAACUUGGAGCGCAUUGAGCUGUAUGACUGUCAGCAAGUCACACGAGCUGGAAUCAAACGAAUCAGAGCUCAUCUACCUCAUGUGAAAGUUCAUGCUUACUUUGCUCCAGUGACGCCCCCUCCUUCGGUGGGAGGGAGCGGGCAGCGCCUCUGCAGAUGCUGUAUUAUUCUUUGACAUUAAGUGCAACAACACUGAAAAGUAAGUUUGUUGUUGUUGAAGAAAAGAAGGGGACUGCAAGUCAGCGGAAGGAGUCCGUUUCCCGACAGUCCUACUGGUGGUGUUUGGUCAUCCAGUUUUGUGACAAGAAAAGCAUUUUUUUUUCCAGGUAAAAAUCUUAACGUAAUGUGCAGCUGUGGAUUUAAGUUGGUGAUGCUUUGAUUUGUAUUAGUAACUCCUUCCUUCUGUUGGCACAAGAUCUGAAGUACUGUGCAAACUGUGGAGGCACUUGAGCAUAGCAGCUACUUGAUGAAAGUUCACUAAACUUGGAAGUUAAUUUGCGUUUGUAAGCACUGUUCCGUGUGAAGUUGUAACGUAACGUGGGGCUCCAGUCCGUCACACCGAGGAACCAAACCUGCCGUUCUGUAAUAUGCACGACAGAUUAAAUAUCAGUUGUAAGGACAAAUCAGCUUUAGCAGAUGUUGACCAAAAAAAUGCAAGGUAAUCAUGAGCUCUUAUAGCAAAACGGCUUAUACUUCUUCAUGAUUCAGCUUCAUAUUUAAUUACAUAAGAGGACUUAGUAGGUAAUGUCAAAAGGUAAGGUAGUACCUCAAGAUAACUAUAGGAAUAGAAAUACUUUCCAAGUUUUUGAAACGGGUUCAGUUGAGCUACGUGUUCGCAUGAAGCUUGCCCGUCACUGAAGCACGUUUCAUGCCUGAUGCCAUCGGCCUUUAAAUGGGGUAAGAAAUCCACUGUGGUAGAGCUUGUGCACUCUACUGUAACCGGCUGCCACACUCAUACCUGGUGCUUACUGUAACGCCAUUCCUGUGUGUCCGAGAUUACCUCCUCAGCUCGUAAGGAAAGGACGCAGCUCUAAGAAAAGGGGUGCAUCGUUCACGCUUUUCUACAGAUGAAGAAUGGAUCCAGGUUCAGUUACAGGAACUACAAUGGAGCAAGGAACUCCAAGCCCUUUGUCUCACCCUUUUUAAGGGACACAGCAAGCACAUGGGCAAAUAAAUCUGCAGGCAGGAGUUGAACCAAACCAAUCCUGUGGUUUUCAAAUGUAGAAAGCCAGACUUUUUUGCAUUUGAGUUAUUUAAGAAGCUGUCAACUUCUGAAUGAUGAUAAUAAAAUCUGUGUAUUAACUCCUAAGGCCAUGCUUUCAUCCUUAGUUUUUCAGUGCUAGAGGGUUAGAUAAAUAAAACUUUUUUAUAUUAAGCAACUUAAUUAUCUGAGAUAAACUACUCGACAGUUCAGAAAGCUUUUUCAUGUAAGAUUGGUUGUGUGUGUGUGUAUGUUCUAAGAGUUCAGGGCCUGUGUUUACUGAAAAAUAGAAAUACUGGCUUAAAAGGCAGCUGGAGAAGCUGCUGCUGGCUGGGACUGCCCUUCCCUCCCAAAAUGUUAACCUACUUUUAAAAAGGCGUAUGAACACUGCAAGACUUUCAUGGACAGCAGCAGCUGUGUUGUGUUCGUGCUUUGCAGUCAAUGGUGAUGGGGACAGUAAAUGAAGAUCUCGGAGUAUAAAUGGAAAUAACUUGUAGAUGAGAGUGCGGUAUGUGGAUUUCUCUACUACUGCAAAACAAGGCAGGGGCGGCUUGUUUCGUACAGCAGUGGAGGAGCACUGCUACAAUCACACUUAAAAGAGUUCCACUAAGUCACUGCUGCAAAGGAGAAGUUUCAACAAAUUUUAUUCCCAGUCCCUGGUCCCGCUGUGCCAAGACAUGUUGCCUUUUGUUGGCUCUUUUUUUUUUCCUAAGAACAUAAUGAACCUUGUAAGUCAAUUGCAUUAAAGAUGUACAAACCCAGGGGAACCCACGCUGGUGUAGGACACUUAAAUAAACAAUCAGCUGAUGUCAAAUCUGAAU